GUGAUUGGUGGACUCGUCAUCAUGGCAGGUAUCACCGUCGCCAACAUGAAGAAAGGCGUCCUGCUACAUAAACUUAUCCUUCUCGAACUCGUCAUAGGGGGAUGGCAGUCCUUCAAUCUCUUCUGGCAGAGACCAAUAUACGGAUGGUGGCUGUCGACGGCAGCCGUGGGGCUGCACAUUUCGACGCAGCUGCACAGCGUUAUCGCGUGGAUGAAGCUCCGGCCGUUCCUGACGCCGCGAUCUAGCGCUAUCUUCAUCGGCACCGUGGCCCUGGUGCAGCCGUACUGGAUCCUAGAGAUCUAUGCGACGUUUGUCUAUUUCAACAACACCAACGAGGUGCUCUUCACCAAGACGAGACCCCUCGAGGUCCUGUUCCGCGAUCCGUGGUGGGUGGCGUCCUGCGCCAAGCUGCUGUGGGUGAUCAAGAUGUACUGCGAGAUGACCCUGCGCGAGGUGGUCACCAUCUCGCCUCGGUUCGCCGUCAUGCUGGUUGCCAUGUUCCUCAGCAUCGCCUUCGUCAUUCUCGACAUCCUUUCCGUCACCGGAGUGUUUUCAGAUGCGCUGCCCGUGGGUGUCAACCCCUUUUGGAAGCUGGCGCUGGUCUUCAAGUGCUGUACCGACACCGUCAUCCUGGAUGACUUCAAGACGGCGCUCGACAAGAUCCGGAUGUACAAGAAGUUGGGUAUGGGU